CUCUCCUGACCAGCAGAUGGAGACGUUUGUCUUUCUCUUUCUUAGAUUUCCGCUGUGUCUCGUGACUUCAGUCACUCAAGCUGAAAAUGUUUCGACACUUUCUGACGCUGCAGCAGGUUUCCAGACGGCAGUUCUCCAGCAGCGUCCGCAGGCAGCUGGUCAACAGGGUGCCAGACAAACAGAAACUCUUUCAGGAGGCCAAUGGGAUGCCAGUUCAUCUGAAGGGAGGAGUUGGUGAUGCUGUUCUUUACCGUGCAACUAUGGGUCUCACAGUGUUGGGAACUGCGUGUGUCAUAUAUGAGCUAGUAAAGGCAGCUCUCCCUCAGAAGAAGGACUGAUGGCGGCUCCUGCCCUCACUUCUUUGGAAAUGUGACCUUAUGAGUGUUUCACACAAUGUAUUUAUUUAAUUCGGAAGGUAAAAGGGACCAAAUGAUUUGAAUAAAAUAUACUGUGCCAGUCGUAAACAGACAAA